GCCAGUUACACUUGCAUUUUGCAAGGGUAAGACGGAAAUAUAGCGGCUGCACCGCGUCCGGCGCAAAAAGCUGAAACACUACAAGAGUCGUCCAAGAUAAUGAGCUUUAGACAUAGUAGGGUCACAAACUCUCAGAGCGAAUUCGAAUCCUACCACAUCCACCACAUCGUGCUUCAAGAUGCAUUGCUAUUCAGAGUUAUUUUUGAUGUGCGCAAUAUGUUCAAAAUACUUUUUUGUUCAACCCCAUGUCAGACUUUGCCACCAUGGACGCUAUUCAGUUGGCAUUUGUACGAUUUCGGAAACAGAAUGCAAACAGACAAUCAACUAUACAUGCGAAGUUUCCUGGACCUCCCGGAGAGAACCCAAAAUUUAGCAAAGCUCAAAUUUGAAGUUAAGAUGCUUACCGAUACUAUGGAACAUAUUCUGCAUGAUAUUUUACAUGUGGGGAAUUUCACAGACUCCUUAAACUUGAUAAGUAACAUGAAAAAGUUGCAAGAAAUUCAAAAUAUGACCAUGAAUAAUAGCCGAGAACGUAAAUGGCUGUUCGAAUCUAUGCUAAAACAAUUGAAAACUAGAGACGGGGAGGACAUAUAUCCAGGUGACGUUGCAGAUUACGUCGACGAAGUAUUGUAUGAGAAAAUGAACCGUAAAUUGGAAAAACGCUAUCACAAAUCUGUUAUAAACAGUAAAAUGGACCAGACUUGGCAGAGAGUUUACCUAAACGAGACUCAACUGCUGGAGAUAAUAAACGAUUAUCGUUCAAAAUAUCAAUAUGAAAUAGCCGCAUCCAUGAGCAUAAAGGAUGCAAACGAACAGUUGAUACACAGAUUGCAGGAUGAAAUUCUUAUCAUCAGUUCAAAGCAUGAUAUUGACCUUGAAAACUUAGAAUUGAGUUGCAGCAGGAAGAAAAACGAACUUCUAAGCUUGAAAGAUAAACAGCGUAGACAAAAUGAGAGAUACAAAGAACUAAAACGCUAUAUAGGCAAUGAUGUUCUCAGGGAGGUUAAAACACCAACCGUAUGGACCAUGUUGGAAAUGAUCAUCCAGGCCAAUGCCGAUAAAAAGUUAGUCAACUCGGUGCAUAAACAAGAAAAGAAAAAACCAAAAAAAGUGAAGAAGAAAAGGAAGUAACCGUAUCAACAGUAUUCUUAUUUUUACAUCCUUUUUAUACCAAAUGUACAUCAAUUGCUAUAUCUUUAGCUAUUUCUUUUAUAGCCUUUCAUAAAAUAAAUAAAAAUAAACGAAAAUAUUCAAUCUA